AUGGCGGUUUACCUAUACUCUGCCACGUCACUGAUCGGAACGGUCGCCAUACUUGCCUUUGCUGGGCUUCUUAUUCAGAUCGUUCACAGAAGAUUAUUUCAUCCUCUCCGGUCUCUUCCUGGACCAUGGGCCAAUAGCGUGUCAGAGCUGCCUGCCACUUUGGCUUUGGUCACAGGAAACCAACACAUCUACUAUAGGUGGUUGCAUGAUAAUUACGGCCCGGUGGUGAGGGUAUCUCCGGAUGAGCUUAGCUUCGUCAGUGUAGAAGCCCGUGAAGAGAUCUAUGGCCUUCGGAAAGGAGGCUUGAAUAUGGAGAAGAGUCCAAUAUUCUUGGGAGCUGUCGGCAACGUGGACGGACAAACAGGAGUUAGUCUAGCUCUUAACGGAGAGCACUCUCGGCAGCGCAGAGCGCUAGGAUACCUAUUCACGAAUAGCGCAUUGAUGCACCACGAGAAUCUUCUUCGAGUGCAUAUCCAUAAGCUGAUCGAAGUCCUUAAAACCAUGGCUUCCGAGAACCGGCCCAUCGAUUUCUCGAGCUGGUACACGUAUGUUGCUUUCGAUAUAAUGGGCGAGUUGUGCUUCGCCGAACCCUUUGGGUGCUUAGACCAGGCUUCAGCUACGGAGUGGUCUACAUCUGUCAUCAAUGUAUUCAUAGCAGCUGCGUGGACUCAAGGCAUCCGUCGCUUGUCUGGUGUUGGCACAUGGCUUGAGACCCUUCUAGUUAAGCUCUUUGUGCCAGCGAAAGCAGCUGAUUGGAGAAGAAUUCACCUCAACAAUUCGCGGGAGAAGACUAUUGCCCGCCUCGCGGAUGGGGAUCGAGAUCAUCCUGACUUCAUGUUCCACAUUCUGAAUAAUGAGUCAAAGAAAACGCUCUCCCAAACCGAGGUCAUUCUCAACAUGGCGCUUUUUAUCAGUGCUGGAACUGAUACCACGGCAACAGCUCUCACGGGAUGGACCUAUUACGUUUGCACGCACCCGUCUGUAUAUAACCGUUUAGUGGAUGAAAUCAGGGGAGCAUUCAAAUCGAGCGAGGAUAUCAAAUGGGACCAAGUCAGAAAUCUUCGAUACCUAGAAGCAACGCUGAAUGAAGCUCUGCGCCUAUUCCCGCCCUCAGCAGCCAGCCAGCAACGAAUGGUACCCCCAGGCGGUGCUACUAUUGACGGCUACUACGUACCGGCAGGAAAGACAGUCGCAGUAUCACCCUGGGCGGCCACACGAUCACGACUAAACUUCCACGAACCUGACUCGUUCUUACCUGAGCGAUGGCUGAGAGAGGAUGAAAAAUUUUCGAAGGACCAUCUGAACGCUUCCUUGCCAUUUGGCACGGGACCUCGAGUAUGCAUUGGGAGGAACUUGGCCUAUAUGGAGAUGCGCCUCAUUAUAUCACUUAUCUUAUGGCAUUUUGACAUGGAGCUGGACAGAGCAUCGUAUAAGGAUAAGAACAAUAUAUGGGGCCUAGAUGGUGACAUGAAGCCUGUGAAAGUAUUUCAUUCUACGAUGAAACCAGAGCUCUGGGUGAGUUUGAAAGAGGUUGCGCAAUAA